AAACUCGCAAGUUCCGUGCUCCAAUCGGGAUACUGAGACAAAUUAGGUACACUGACUAGAAUUUAGAGUCUCAUGCCUAUGUGACGCACAAGCCAGAUGAUACUAAAUCGAGUGGGCGGUACCGAAACCCCGACGGCCUGAGUAGUCGACCCCACCAACCGGCGGGGAGAAGACGACGACGAAGUCACGGAAGGAAGGAGGAGCGCGCAUUGCGAUUGCCCCUCUCCCUUGCCUCUUAACCGGAACUCAGAUUCCUCAAUAUGCCGACUGAGCUAGAAGAGCUAGUUGAAUUCCUUCAUCAUGGGAAUACGCCGAUUAGACAAAUUGCUUGCGAAAAUCUGGUUGGCUUUUCAGUCUCCCAGCCAGAGCUUUUCAAACGCCACCAGCUCCUACCAGUGCGCGAUCUGAAGCUUUUGGUCCGAGAUUACACACCUAUCGCCAAGAACGCGAUAACGAUACUUAUCAACCUCUCAGCCGAUGAGGAAGUGUUAGCUUCUCUUGCCGAGGAUGAUACUUUCCUUGAGACUCUUUUGGUAAAAUUGACGAAUGUCAAAGAGCCAAAUGCGGAUGAUGUCGCCAUGUUAUUUGCCAACCUCGCAAAAUCGGACAAGAUGAAGAAAUUGCUCACGUUGAAGCGGAAGAUUCCAGAGACGGUGUCUAGCUCUGCUAACGCGAUCGAUCAGCUGAUGGACUGUUUUGUUAAAGGAGCAGAAGGCGCCCUUAACAAGAACGCUAAUUUUGAUUAUUUGUCCUACUUGUUUGCUGACCUCUCGAAAUUUGAGGAGGGACGAGCCUAUUUCACUUCGAAACAGGCCUAUGAUGACGUCGUGCCAGUAACGAAACUAACCGUGUUCACCGAGCACAUGAGCGCAAUCCGGAGAAAGGGAGUCGCAUCGACUAUUAAGAAUGUCGCAUUUGACUUGCCCUUUCAUCCAAAGCUCCUUUCCGAAGAUGACGCCAAUAUUCUUCCUUAUAUUUUGUUGCCGAUCAUGGGGCCUGAAGAGUUUGCUGAGGAGGAAGCCAUGGAAAUGCUUCCAGAUCUCCAGCUGCUUCCGCCUGACAAACAAAGAGAUAAGGACACUAGCAUCAUUGUAACGCAUCUUGAAACCCUACUGCUAUUGACAACAACACGCGAAGGGCGGGAUAGAAUGCGGGCCAUCAAAGUAUACCCUAUAAUCCGAGAGUGUCACCUUCAUGUUGAUGAUGAGGAUGUUCGUGAAGCUUGUGAUAGGCUUGUCCAGGUUCUGAUGCGGGACGAAGAGGGCGAAGAUACAUUCAGUCAGCCUCGGAUUGAAGGAGGGAAUAACAUUGACCUUAUUCCCGGGGAUCAUGACGAAAAUAUUGAAGAAUUAUUUUAGAAGGUUACACGCGGAUGGUGUAUGUGUAUCAAAAAGGAAUACCAAUAGAAGACGCUACUAGCCAUUGUAUAC